AUGACAUGCGGUCAUAUGGAUUACGCACAAUGUCUUGCUAACAGGACUCUGCGAGAUAACGUGACUCGUCGAGCGGGCUUUGCAGGACAACGCGCAGCGCGAAUGGGGCCGUGUGCGAUUAUGCACGGUUACGUGGUCAACAAUGAUCCCGAGGUCGGGUUUUGGUCGCAUCUCCAACGCUAA